AUGGCUUCCAUGUUUAGAACAGAAGAAAUGGUUUUAUGCCAAUUGUUUAUACAACCGGAAGCUGCCUACGCUUCUGUUUCAAUUUUGGGAGAAUUAGGAAUCUUGAACAGUAGGGUAAACGCUUUUCAAAGAAAGUUCGUGGCAGAAGUGAGACGUUGCGAUGAAAUGGAGCGUAAACUUCGAUAUAUCGAAGUUGAAAUAAAAAAGGAUAAAGUUAAAGUUCCUGAAACAAGUGUAAUUCCGAACGCGCCAAAUCCUAGAGAAAUAACUGAUCUCGAAGCUAAAUUAGAAAAAACGGAAAAUGAAAUCCAAGAAUUAAGUGGCAAUGCAGUUAAUCUUCAUUUCAAUUAUUUGGAAUUGACAGAAUUAAAACAUGUUUUAGAAAAAACUCAAUCAUUUUUCACAGAGCCAGCAUUACAACAGGAUGAAACAUCUGAAUCAUUAACUAAAUUUCUUAUAAAUGAUGAAAAUGUUGUGUCUCAAGCUCAAAGAGGAAGAUUAGGUUUUGUGACUGGAGUAAUUUCUCGUGAACGUGUUCCAGCAUUUGAAAGAAUGCUUUGGAGAAUAUCCAGGGGAAAUGUUUUUUUAAGACAAACCGAAAUUGAAAUCCCUCUUCAAGAUCCAAAUUCCAGAAAUCAAUUGUACAAAACAGUAUUCGUGGCAUUUUUUCAAGGUGGCGAACUUAAAAGCAGAGUUUUAAAAGUUUGUGCCGGAUUUCAUGCCAACAUGUAUCAUUGUCCCAACACAAAUGCAGAAAGGCAAGAAAUGUUGAACGAAGUUAAAACACGCCUGGAAGAUUUAAAACUGGUUUUAAACAGAACGCAAGAUCUUAGAGAACGUGUUUUGGUCACCGUGGCUCGCGAAUUACAAGACUGGACGAUAAAAGUUAGAAAAAUGAAAGCCAUUUACCAUACUUUAAACAUGUUCAAUAUGGAUGUGACAAAAAAAUGCCUCAUUGGAGAAUGUUGGACUCCAGCUGCGGAUCUUUCAAAAGUACACAGUGCUCUUGCUGAUGGAGGCAGAGUCGGGGGAAGUUCGAUUCCAUCAUUUUUAAACGUAAUUGAAACCCUCGAAGAUCCUCCGACUUAUAACCGUACAAACAAAUACACAAAAGCAUUUCAAAAUAUAAUUGAUGCUUAUGGUAUUUCUUCCUAUGGAGAAAUAAAUCCAGCAUUGUACACGAUAAUUACAUUUCCGUUUCUUUUUGCUGUCAUGUUUGGAGAUUCCGGACACGGUAUUAUAUUGACGUUAUUUUCCGGUUUCAUGAUAUUAAAAGAAAAACAAUAUUUAAAAGCUAAAAUUAAAAAUGAAAUCGGAUCAAUUUUUUUCGGGGGUCGUUACGUUAUUUUCCUCAUGGGUUUAUUUUCCAUAUACACGGGAAUUAUAUACAACGACAUGUUUUCAAAAUCGAUAAACGUUUUUGGAACGAGCUGGAAAUCUCAAUUAAACGAAACGGAAAUAUUAAAAUCAAAAUUUUUAACUCUGGAUCCAGCAACUGAAGAAUAUUCUCAAGUACCUUAUCCGUUAGGUAUCGAUCCUGUUUGGCAGCUUGCCAAUGGAAAUAAAAUUGUCUUCCUAAAUUCUUUUAAAAUGAAAUUAUCUAUUAUUUUCGGUGUCGUACACAUGAUGUUUGGAGUUUGUUUAAGCGUAUUUAAUCACACGUACUUUAAAAAUUAUUCAAACAUAAUUUUGGAAUUUAUUCCGCAAAUAUUAUUUUUAAGCAUACUUUUCUUUUAUCUAGUCAUACUUAUUUUUUUAAAAUGGAUCAUGUAUUCGGCAAAUAACGUUGGACCCAAGGGAACUUAUUGUGCUCCAGCUAUCCUUGUCGUAUUUAUUAAUAUGGUAUUAAUGCAAUCGAGUAAAACAAAAAAUGGAUGCGAUGAUUUUAUGUUUUCCGGACAAAAUGAAAUGCAGGUCGCAUUCGUUGUCAUAUGCCUUGCUUGCAUACCUGUUUUAUUAUUUGGAAAACCUUUUUAUAUUCUUUACAAAUCGUCGACGAAAAAAAAAACGGUAUCGAAAAUGGAGAAUGUCGAAAAUCAGGGAUUCGAAUUACAAAGUUCAGAAUUACAUUCGGAUGAUUAUGUAAAAUUGGAAAAUGUAGAAAAUGAUAAAUCAAAUGAAAAUUUUAAAGAAAUAAUGAUACAUCAAGCCAUUCAUACAAUCGAAUAUGUUUUGAGUACAGUUUCACACACGGCUUCCUAUUUAAGAUUAUGGGCUCUUUCUCUUGCUCAUUCUCGAUUAACGAGUGAUUCUUAUUCUGGUAUACCAAUGUUAUUUGCCAUAUUCGGUGCUUGGGCAUUUUUAACAAUAUCAAUAUUAGUCAUGAUGGAAGGAUUGUCUGCUUUUUUACACACAUUACGUUUACACUGGUGA